UAAAUUAAAAAUCUUUAUAUAACACAAAAUAGGAUCCUAUUCUUAUUUGAACUUUCACUUUCUUCUACAACCCCAACUCAAACUCAUACAUAUGGCUUCUAGUUCUGUCAUGAACAACCACAACAGGCUCUCUAUUGCCAUGGAGAGAACCGGCCAAUGGGUUUUCUCGCAAGAAAUUCCAACUGACGUUUUGAUCGAAGUUGGUGAAGCAAAUUUCUCUCUGCACAAAUUCAUGCUCGUAGCGAAGAGCAACCACAUAAGGAAACUGAUAGUGGAAUCCAAAGAGCCUGAUCUAACAAGGAUUGAUCUCUCGGGUAUUCCUGGAGGCCCAGAGAUCUUCGAGAAAGCAGCUAAAUUCUGCUAUGGUGUUAACUUCGAAAUUACGGUACACAACGUAGCAGCUCUUCGUUGCGCUGCGGAGUAUCUGCAAAUGACCGAUAAGUACUGCGAUAACAAUCUCGCUGGCCGUACAGAAGAUUUCCUUUCUCAAGUGGCUUUGUCUAGCCUCUCCGGCGCCAUUGUGGUGCUCAAGUCUUGUGAAGAUCUUCUUCCCAUGGCAGAAGACCUCAAAAUCGUACAGAGAUGUGUAGAAGUUGCUAGCAGUAAGGCCUGUAACGAAGCGAACUUUCCGAGCCGCUCGCCACCGAACUGGUGGACGGAGGAGCUUUCGAUCUUGGACAUCGAGGUGUUCGGGAGAAUCAUUUCCGGGAUGAGGAAACGCGGCGCGAAAGCUUUGAUCGUAGCAAGUGCUCUGAUAACGUACGCUGAGAGAUCGCUUCGAGAUCUAGUCCGAGAUCACUCCGGCAACGGUGCGAAUUCUUCGGAUCUAGUUGAAUCUGACGUCAGAAUCCGGCAAAAGGAGAUUCUAGAGUCUAUCGUCGCUCUUUUACCCUCGGAGAAAGCCGCUUUUCCAAUCAAUUUCCUCUGCUGCCUUCUUCGCUCUGCGAUUUUCCUCAAAGCCUCGGAUAACUGUAAGAACGAGCUCGAGAAGCGGAUCUCGAUCAUCUUGGAGCACGUGACCGUCGAUGAUCUGCUGGUGUUGUCUUUCACCUACGACGGCGAGAGGCUUUUCGACCUCGACAGCGUGAGGAGGAUCCUCGCCGGGUUUGUGGAGAAGGAGAAAAACAUGGCGGUUUUCAACGCCGGCGAUUUCAGAGAGGUCUGUUCCACCGCGAUGCACAGGGUUGCGAAGACCGUCGACGCCUACCUCGGCGAGAUCGCGACGUACACAGAGCUAAGCAUCUCCAAAUUCAACGGCAUCGCCAAUCUAGUCCCGAAAGGUGCACGCAAAGUCGACGACGAUCUCUACCGAGCCAUUGACAUCUACUUGAAGGCUCAUCCAAACCUCGAUGAGAUAGAGAGAGAGAAGGUUUGCAGCGUAAUGGACGCACUUAAGCUGUCGUACGAAGCACGUGUCCACGCGUCGCAAAACAAGCGGUUGCCCGUGCAGAUUGUACUUCACGCGCUCUAUUACGAUCAGCUUAAGCUGAGGAGCGGAGUAGAAGAUCGAAAUAUGCAAGAAGCGGUGACGACGAAGAGUCAGUUACAGACCGACGUGUCGUUGGUGAGAGAGAACGAGGCUUUAAGGUCGGAGCUGGUGAGGAUGAAGCUUUACAUUUCGGACUUGCAAAAGAGCGCGCCAGGUGGCAUCACCGGUACGUCAUCAAAAAGUGUGCCGAAAAAGCCCAGGUUCUUCUCGUCAAUGUCCAAGACUCUGGGGAAGUUGAAUCCGUUCAAGCACGGGUCCAAAGACACUUCUAACAUCGAUGAUGGUGUAGAUAUUAACAAGCCCAGAAGAAGAAGGUUCUCAAUAUCUUAAAAAUGUUGUUCAGGUAUAAAAUUAAAAUUUGCAGAUGAUCUCCUUGUAAAAUUAAAAUUUGCAGAUGAUCUCCUUGUAACAUUGUUUGUUGAUGUAUUUUUUUUUUUUUCGGUUUUUGUUUUUAUUUAUUUUUCUGGCUUUGUUUUGUUUCUCCUAGUGGUGUUUAUUGGCGUUAUAUUUUUUUAAAAGUUUUUUGGGUUGCUGAUUCGGGUUAAAUUGAUUAUAAGAGGAAGAGAAUUGGUGAACGCA